UUUUAGAUAACGACGUACGAUCCAGUUUGUUUUCGAACGCACACCUGUGCCGAAUUUCGGUUUUAAUUUCAUUUCUAAAAUAAAUAAAUCGAAAUAAUGGUUCAAAUUGAAGGCACUUAUGAAAUCGUUAAAAACGAGAAUUUUCAACAAUAUCUCAAAUCUCUAGGUACUGAAAUGACUGAGGAUAUGGUUCAGCGUUUAAACGCCUCCAGAUCAACGAUUCAAGUAAAAUUAGAUGGAAAUAAAUGUAGCUUUAUCACCAGCUCGCACGACGGAACGUUUACAACUUUAUCCUUUGAAUUUGGAAUCAGUUUCGUAGACGAACUUAGCCCUAUUUUAAAACUAAAGACCACCCCGACUUUUGAUGGAGCAACAAUCGUUAAUUUAAAAUCGGAAACUGAAGAUGGAAGAGGAGGAAAUAGGAAAUAUGAAUUUUCAAACGAUGGAUUAAUAAUUUAUUAUUCCACUAAUGGAUCGAACGAAACCGCAAGAAGAAUAUAUAAAAGGAUUUAAACGUCGACGUGAUGAAAUUUAUUUUUGAAAUUUUUAGGUUAUAUAAACGUCAAAUUUAAUACUUUUAAGAAAACUGUACAAGGUGACAAAAAUGCGUUAAAUUUAAAAAUGUAAAUAUACAUUUUUAAAUUUAACGCAUUUUUACUAAUCGUACUACUAUUUAAAAUAAAUUGAUUUUAUAAAAUUA